AUGGAGAAGGGAAUGAACGUUCUACAUGACUUUGGGAUCCAGUCAACACACUACCUCCAGGUGAAUUACCAGAACUCCCAGGAUUGGUUCAUCUUGGUGUCUGUGAUUGCAGAUCUCAGGAAUGCCUUUUAUGUCCUCUUCCCCAUUUGGUUCCAUCUUCGAGAAGCUGUGGGCAUCAAACUCCUCUGGGUAGCUGUGAUUGGAGAUUGGCUCAACCUCGUCUUUAAGUGGAUUCUCUUUGGACAGCGCCCAUACUGGUGGGUUUUGGACACAGACUACUAUAGCAACACCUCGGCACCGCUGAUAAAGCAGUUCCCGGUCACCUGUGAGACCGGCCCAGGGAGUCCCUCUGGCCACGCCAUGGGUACAGCAGGUGUAUACUAUGUGAUGGUCACAUCCACCCUCUCUAUCUUUCGCGGAAAGAAAAAGCCAACCUACAGAUUUCGGUGCUUGAAUGUCAUGUUGUGGUUGGGAUUCUGGGUCGUGCAACUGAAUGUCUGCCUGUCACGAAUCUACCUUGCUGCUCAUUUUCCCCAUCAAGUUGUUGCUGGAGUAUUGUCAGGCAUUGUGGUUGCUGAGACUUUCCGCCACAUCCAGAGCAUCUACAAUGCCAGUCUCAGGAAGUACUUUCUCAUCACCUGCUUCCUGUUCAGUUUCGCCAUUGGAUUUUACCUGCUGUUAAAGUGGCUGGGGGUUGACCUGCUGUGGACUCUGGAGAAAGCGAAGCGAAGGUGUGAGCGGCCGGAGUGGGUCCACAUUGACACGACGCCCUUUGCCAGCCUCCUGAAGAAUCUGGGGACCCUCUUUGGCUUGGGUCUGGCUCUCAACUCCAGCAUGUACCGGGAGAGCUGCAAGGGCAAGCUCAGCAAGUGGUUCCCGUUUCGCCUCAGCUGCAUCGUGGCCUCCCUCAUCCUCCUGCACCUCUUUGACUCUUUGAAACCCCCCUCCCAAAUCGAGCUGAUCUUCUAUGUCCUGUCCUUCUGCAAGAGUGCAGCGGUGCCCCUGGCAUCUGUCAGCCUCAUCCCCUACUGCCUUGCCUGGGUGCUGGGCCAGCCCAACAAGAAGACUUUGUAAAGGGAUGUGGAGUCUUCAGAAUUAAAAGCCAAUGACUCUGCCAAGGAUUGAGGAUGGUUAGGGCUUUCUGCCAGCCCAUCAUGAGGCCAGAGGUACUAGAGUCGCCUCAGGUGGCCCCCUUUCCUCCUUUGCAAUUCUAAUUGUUUUGGGUGAUGUUUUAUUGAAAAACUAGAGAAAGCUUUUAUUUGAGAAAGCCUUAUUGGAAGGUGGAUCGUUCUGGAUUGUUUCUGCAAAGGUCUGCCUUUUUUUCUGUCUAGUACAAAGGCAAGACUUCUUGGUAGUAGUAGUAGUUUAGUCUCUAAGUCAUGUCCAGCUCUUGCAACCUCAUAGACUGUAGCCCACCAGGCUCCUCUGUCCAUGGGAUUCUCCAGGCAAGAAUACUGGAGUGGGUUGCCAUUUCCUUCUCCAGGGGAUCUUCUCCACCCAGGAAUCGAACCCCGGUCUCCUGCCUUGCAGGCAGAUUCUUGACCAACUGAACUAUGAGAGUAGGAUCAGCUAGCUCAUAAUGCCAGGCUGGGAAUCACAAGUGAAUUUCCCCCCCUUUUUUUUUUUUAAU